AUGGACCACAUCCAUGCCGUCACACCAGACGACUCCCUUUUUCUGAUCUCGGGCACCGACCAGACUAAGUACGGCCUGAACUGGGGCAACGGUUUCGUGACCGACCCGACUAUAAUCCGCGACUACGGUUUGGGCGACCCGAACCCGUUUUUCAGGCAGCUCGUGGCGCGGCAGUACGCGUCCCACGUGGCCGUGUCGCCGCACGCGUACCCGCCGUCCAUCACGGGGGCCACCUAUUUGGGGAAGCAGCUGUGGGGCCAGCUGGACAACUCGGUGGGGUACCUCCAGGUCAGAGGGUACUGCACUUCAGACGCAGACAGCGCCGUCCGCACGGCAGCCUUUGGCGCCGGCAGCGGGGGCGGCGAGGCUGAGGGGAGCGGCGGCGCGGGCGCGGGGGGUGCACGGGCGACAAACAGCACUGUGGCGGCGGGAGUGGCUGCUGCUGCUGUGGAGGGUGCGAUCGGGGCUGGCGCCGCAGAGAAGCCCACACCGGACGCGCGCACCGGCUUGACGAGCUCGAGCGCCGCCAUCGGCGCCGCCGCCGCCGCACCACCCGCGGCCCCCGAGGCCGCGCGGUCGGCGGCGCCGGCCGCAGCCGCCGCUUCCGCGGCGCCUGACGCUGGCGCCGCUGCUUCGAGCGCGGGCGGCCCCACGUUGGUGGGCGCCAGCAGCCAACCUUCCACCUCGCCCCAGGCAGGAGCCAACCACCAGUCCGGUGAUGCGCCUGCCCUCCAGGCCGCAGCCUCAGCCUCAGCCUCGGCCGCCGACGCCACGCCGGCAACCCCGACGGCCGCCCCCGCGCCCGCCGCCGUGCUGCUCGCAGCCGGCGGCGGCUCCGCCGCCGAGGUGGCCCCAGCGCCGGCAGCGGCGCCGCCGGCGGCAGCUGCAGCGGCCCCCGGACUGGCGCAUACGCGAGCUCUCAGGGCUGCUGACUCCUGCCACCGGUUCCCGAUCAUUAUCAGCGAGUUUGGGAGCUUCUUUGAGCAGGCGAACGACGUGCAGUGGCUGCACGACUUUGCGGGCUGGCGGCAGCAGCAGAUUAAGGCCGCCAAGGCGCCUGUCGGCUGGGGCUACUGGGCGGUCAACGCAAACAGCGGCGACACCGGCGGGAUCAUGAGCCCGAGCUGGCAGACGGUCAUGUGGGUCAAAAUCAGGUUUCUGGCUGACAAGAUGGGCCUCGUCCCAUGGUACAUGUCAUGA